AUGGCAGUGCGGGACGAGGCCGCCCAAGACCCGGCCAAGCCGGCCCUCGGAGGGGCGAGUCCCGCCCGGGUGGCCAGAGGGGACCACCGCCAUCGCGGCGCGUCCUCUCCAUCCCCUCGGGGCUCGGGCUGUUGCUGGAGAGCCCUGGCGCUGCAGCCGCUCCGGCGCUCGCCGCAACUCUCCUCGGCGCUGUGCGCCGGCUCCCUGUCGGUGCUGCUGGCGCUGCUGGUGAGGCUGGUCGGCGGGGAGGUCGGAGGCGAGCUGGAGUCGAGUCAGGAGGCGGCGGCCGAGGAGGAGGAGGAGGAAGGAGCCCGAGGGGGCGUCUUCCCGGGCCCUCGGGGAGGUGCUCCCGGGGGCGGCGCGCAGCUCAGCCCUUGGCUGCAGCCGGCCGCGCUGCUCUUCAGUCUCCUGUGCGCCUUCUUCUGGAUGGGCUUGUGCCUGCUGCGCGCCGGGGUGCGCCUGCCUCUGGCCGUCGCGCUGUUGGCCGCCUGCUGCGCCGGGGAAGCGCUGGUGCAGCUCUCCUUGGGCGUGGGGGACGGUCGCUUGCUGUCGCUGCCCGCCGCGGGGGUCCUGCUCAGCUGCCUAGGUGGCGCGACAUGGCUGGUGCUGAGGCUGAGGCUGGGCGUCCUCAUGGUCGCCUUGACUAGCGUGCUCAGGACGGUGGCCCUGGUUUCUCUGGAGAGGUUCAAGGUCGCCUGGAGACCUUACCUGGCAUACUUGGCGGCCGCGCUCGGGCUGCUGCUGGCCAGGUACGCCGAGCAGAUCCUGCCGCAGUGCUCCGGGCCGGCUCCGCCCAGGGAGCGGUUUGGGUCCCAGUUGAGCGCGAGGACCAAGGAAGAGAUUCCGGGGUGGAAGAGGAGGAGGCGGUCCAGCUCGGUGGUGGCCGGCGAGAUGUCCGGCUGCAGUGGCAAGUCUCACCGGAGGACCUCCCUGCCCUGCAUACCCAGGGAGCAGCUUAUGGGCCACUCAGAAUGGGACCACAAGAGAGGACCGCGAGGAUCCCAAUCAGGAACCAGCAUCGCUGUGGAUAUUGCUGUGAUGGGCGAGGCCCAUGGCCUCAUUACCGACCUCCUGGCCGACCCUUCUCUGCCCCCGAAUGUGUGCACAUCCUUGAGGGCCGUGAGCAACCUGCUCAGCACCCAGCUCACCUUCCAGGCCAUCCACAAGCCCAGAGUGAACCCCACUGUGACCUUCAGUGAGAACUAUACCUGCUCCGACUCUGAGGAAGGCUUGGAGAAAGACAAGCUGACCAUUCCCAAGCGCCUGAGAAGGAGUUUGCCUCCAGGCUUGCUGAGAAGGGUCUCAUCAACUUGGACGACUACCACCUCUGCCACGGGUCUGCCCACCUUGGAGCCUGCGCCAGUGCGGAGGGACCGCAGUGCCAGCAUAAAGCCGCACGAAGCCCCUUCACCCAGUGCUGUCAAUCCUGACUCUUGGAAUGCCCCAGUGUUGAUGACUCUUACCAAGAGCAGAUCCUUCACUUCGUCCUAUGCUGUCUCUGCAGCUAACCAUGUAAAAGCUAAAAAGCAAAACAGGCCAGGUGGCCUUGCUAAAAUUUCACCUGUUCCCUCGCCCUCCUCCUCACCUCCCCAAGGAUCGCCUGCCAGCAGUCCUGUCAGCAACAAUGCCUCAGAAGAGUUCCCAGAAUCCCCUGAAGUAACCAUCAAGCGAGGCCCUGGCUCUCACAGGGCCUUAACUUACACCCAAAGUGCCCCUGACCUGUCCCCUCAGAUCCUUCCCCCAUCUGUCAUAUGUAGCAGCUGUGGCAGACCUUAUUCGCAAGGGAAUCCUGCUGAUGGACCCUCAGAGAGAAGUGGCCCAGUCAUGCAGAAACCAAACAGAACAGAUGAUAUUUGUCAAGUUACCUCCGAUUAUGAGACGAACAACAACAGUGACAGCAGCGACAUCCUACAGAAUGAAGAGGAAGCUGAGUGCCAGAGAGAGCCCCUGAGGAAAGCAUCGGCUUGUGGCACCUAUUCUUCCCAGAGCAUGAUCUUCCUGGACAAACCGAUUCUCGCUCCAGAACCCCUGGUCAUGGAUAACCUGGACUCAAUUAUGGAUCAGUUGAACACCUGGAAUUUUCCAAUUUUUGAUUUAGUGGAAAAUAUAGGAAGAAAAUGUGGCCGUAUUCUGAGCCAGGUAUCAUACAGACUGUUUGAAGACAUGGGGCUCUUUGAAGCCUUUAAAAUCCCGGUGAGGGAGUUUAUGAAUUACUUUCAUGCUUUGGAGAUUGGAUACAGGGACAUUCCUUAUCAUAACAGAAUCCAUGCCACCGAUGUUUUACAUGCUGUGUGGUAUCUCACAACGCAGCCAAUUCCUGGCCUCCCAAGUGUGAUUGGUGAUCAUGGCUCAGCAAGCGACUCUGAUUCUGACAGUGGAUUUACACAUGGACACAUGGGAUAUGUGUUUUCAAAAACGUACCAUGUGCCAGAUGACAAAUAUGGAUGUUUGUCUGGGAAUAUUCCAGCCCUAGAGUUGAUGGCUCUGUAUGUUGCUGCGGCCAUGCAUGACUACGAUCACCCAGGGAGGACCAAUGCUUUCCUGGUCGCCACCGGUGCCCCUCAGGCGGUGCUGUACAAUGACCGCUCCGUUCUGGAGAAUCAUCAUGCAGCUGCAGCCUGGAAUCUCUUCAUGUCUCGGCCAGAGUAUAACUUCUUAGUUAACCUGGACCAUGUGGAAUUUAAGCACUUCCGGUUCCUAGUCAUUGAAGCAAUUUUGGCUACUGACCUGAAGAAACACUUUGACUUUGUAGCCAAAUUCAACGCCAAGGUGAACGAUGAUGUUGGAAUAGAUUGGACCAAUGAAAACGAUCGUCUCCUGGUGUGUCAAAUGUGUAUCAAGUUGGCUGACAUCAAUGGGCCUGCUAAAUGCAAAGACCUCCACCUGCGGUGGACGGAGGGCAUCGCCAGUGAGUUUUACGAGCAGGGCGAUGAAGAAGCCAGCCUUGGUUUGCCCAUAAGUCCCUUUAUGGACCGCUCUGCCCCGCAGCUGGCCAAUCUUCAGGAAUCCUUUAUCUCACACAUCGUGGGUCCCCUCUGCCACUCCUAUGACUCUGCGGGUCUCAUGCCAGGAAAAUGGGUGGAUGACAAUGAUGAUUCCGGAGACACUGAUGACCCAGAAGAAGAGGAGGAAGAGGCUGAAACACCACACGAGGAAGAGACCUGUGAAAGCAGCGCAGUUCUCAGAAAGAAAAGUUUCAAAAGAAGGAGAAUCUACUGCCAAAUCACUCAGCACCUUCUGCAGAACCACAUGAUGUGGAAGAAAGUGAUUGAAGAGGAACAGUGUUUAUCCGGCACAGAGAACCAGUCCCUGGACCAGGCCCCUCUGCAGCAUUCCUCAGAGCAGAUCCAGGCCAUCAAGGAGGAAGAGGAAGACAAGGGGAAGCCAAGGGCAGAGGAGCCCCUGGCUCCGCAGCCUGACCUGUGACCAUGGGUAGAGCAAGCUGUGUUUGCAGACAGAACGACUUGUCUCAGACGCUUUCUAAGCCAGCACAACACUUAGACACAACACUGUAGAUUACCAGAGGAUGAGCAAAUGGCUAAAGAGUAUGGGGAAUUCUUCACAUUUUGUGUGUUUACUUUUACAGUGAGGGACAGCGCUGAAGACUCUAGCUCAAAGAAGCUUUUUCACUUUGCGACACCAGCGUCUAAAGAUCGUUUUAUAAGAAAGAAAUUAUAUGUGUGUGUAUAAACUCCCACAUAGGCUCAUGUAAGACUCUUAUUCACAUAUACACACAUGCACACUGAGAGCCAGGAUGCCUGACUCCACAAGGUAGUAACAGUCAUAUUAAGAUAUAUAGAGGUCACUGUGACAUAAGAAAUCAUAAAGGACAAGAACUCAUGAGGAAAUGUGUGGCUUAGAGAGGAAACAGAAACAGAUGUAGGCUCCAGACUGGGCACCUUUUGUUCUCCCUGCUGAGGAGUGAACAUGCCAAAGCAUUGUUGGAAUUCUAAUGCAUACUGCCAACUGUGUGUGUGUGUGUGUGUGUGUGUGUGUGUGUGUGUGUGUGAGAGAGAGAGAGAGAGAGAGAGAGAGAGAGAGAGAGAGAGAGAGAGAGAUGGUCUUGUACAUAUGGGUGCAUGAGGAAAGGGAGAUGUUUAUGAUGUGAGUUGUUCCUAGAGUAGCUAUAGCGGGGGAUGAAGUCCAUGUGAACACACAGAAGGAAAUCCUUUCGGCAUUGUCUUUGAAUGAAUCGGCAGAUCCCCUUUUAGCUUCUAAAAAGGUUCCUUAGCAGAGGGAGGGUUUGUCUGGGCCAUAUGAUUGGUACCACUGCUACCUGCCACUUGGGGGCACUAUACCACCAGCCUCACACUCAGAAGACUAAGGCUUUCUGGUCUACCCUUGCUUAAUGAAUGUAUAAGGGGCACAUGUCACUCACCUAGGAUCAAUCACCAUGGAAGGGGAUGGUGUUCAUUACUGGUAGACACCCAAGAGGAGCUAGAGUCAGCUCUUCAUCAGGUAAGAGUUCUAACAGGGCACUGGGAAAGUCCUGGGAAAGUAUGUCCUCUCAAUUUGAUUCAAGAUAUGUUAUAAUAAAGAAGAAAUUCAACAAACUCACCAUGGGUUCUGUGACAAAGGGAUGAAGGCAAAAUGUCAACUUAGGGUUGGAAGUUGGCCUGGGAAAAGCUGCUCCUUGGCAACUGUUGAAGAUUGUUUGCUCAGGCAUUCCUGUUGUGGUCUUCCAUACACUGUGUGAAGGCAUAGCAUGACUUUGUAGCCUGUUCCAUGGUCAUGCUCCUUUUUGAAAGGAAUAUGGGUGGGGGUUAUUCUUUGAGGAUAGACUAUUGGAAGCUACUUGUGUUAUUUUGUUUAUUUUCUACACUUGUUUAUGCUGUGAGCCAAACCUCUAUUUAAAAAGUUGAUACUCACUUUCAAUAUUUUAUUGGAUAUUAUUACAUAUGUCAUGAUUAGUUACUAUGAUGUAAAUAUAAAGAAGUUUUUUUGUUUCUGUAGAUAGCAAACUUUUUUUAAAGAAAAAAGGGGAAAGGGAAACAUUUUAUAGUUAUAUUUUAAUCACCAUUUUUAUACAUUGUAGCUCUCUCCAAGCACAGUAGCUGGGUGAUGGUCUAUUGUGGAGUUGGAGAGCACCGGCCAUCUGCCUACUCUAGUUUGAUUCAUGAUCUGAUAUAGUUGUUUGCUGUUCAAUUAAGGCAUUGAAAAGAUAGCAUCUUUUGCUAACUGAAUUAAUUUGAAGUCUUUCCCUACCUGAUGAAAGCCUUUCUUAAGCAAAUUGUUAGUAUUUCUCCUAAACUCUGUUGCUCAUAGUUUCUGGGUCAGUGCUGUGUUCACAGAAUUCUAGUCAUAGCCUCUGAGACCUGUGCAUAGAUUUCUACCUUUUCACAUCCUUGAUUAUUUACAUUAAAAAUUCCUUUGUCUCCCAUACAUGGAUCAUGUACCCUUCCCUUCAAAAGCAACAUUUUCUGGUAAUUUACAGCAUUUUUUCCCUAAUAGACAAAGAUGAAAUAAAAAUAUCAAGUAUUUCAGGGCAGAGUUUUUUAGUUCACAAGACAAUACAAAGAGGAUUGGAAGGAUUCAGGCCUCACCCAAACAAUUAGAAUGUGUGUUUAUAUAUUUCUGAGUUAGUACCAGGGCUUUAGCAUUUAACAGAUCCUGAAAAAUUUUUCUUCUUCUUCUUCUUCCUCCUCCUCCUCCUCCUCCUCCUCCUCCCCCUCUUCCUCCUCCUCCUCCUCCUCCUCCUCCUCCUCUUCUUCUUCUUCUUCUUCUUCUUCUUCUUCUUCUUCUUCUUCUUCUUCUUCUUUUGGUGUCUAUGUGACUGUUUAUAAAUCCAUUCUGAAGCAAGAAUCCUUCUUCAGUGAAGGUAAAUAAAUGUAACUUUACCCUACAAUAAAAAUGAUAGACAAGGCAUUUACAUUCAUCUACCCUUCACUCAGUGGCUCAUCCACAUCUUCACAUGGAUGCAUGUCUGUAACAUGAGUAUAAAUAGUCAAACAACUAGGUGAGGGGUGAGGGGUUGGCAUAUCCAUUGCGAGUGUUUAUACCGGAAGUCUGAAUAAAGCUGCAGGAUCUGAGUAGUAGUCGGGCUGGUUACAUCAUGAGGAUCUCAGCAAACUACCUGCCUAGGUUUUUUUGUUUGUUUGUUUUAAAGUACCUGAAGAAACAGGAUAAUGAACAAAGCAUUAGAAACUAUCUGUUCUAGAAUUGUGUUCAUUCAUCCAGGCAGAUUGAUUUUUUCCUCAGCAAACAAGUUAUUGUUCUACUCAAACCAAAAGACAACAAACUGAGCGGAAGGGUGGAAACCCACUGAGUGUGUGGCCUAAAGAGCCACCUAAUAAUUCUCAAAGUGUAUCAAAUGACAUCAAAAGUAUUUUUCAUGAAUGAUGUUGUCCACCUUGGCGACAGCAAUAUUACUGUAUUCACCUCCAACUUCAGAGUUAACUUCCUGUGGUGCCAAUGUGUUUGAUGUGAUUUACUACAGUUGUAUAUGAGCCUAUACAGGUGCCAUUCGAUAAACUCAGGUCUCCCAGUGGAGGGGUCUCUACCCACUUAGGGGAAAGAUAGUUUUAUAGAUAGCCAUAACAUGUCAUUGGUAGGAGAAAUGGGGAACCAGCUGCUGUCUGUGGAGUAAAAGCUAAGUGUGUUCUGCAUGUUAUCCAUGGUAUUUUCAACAUAAUAAUUGAAUGUCUUUAUGGUGAUCGAAGCCGCUGACCUUUUGAGUAGCAUUUCCUUAGUAGAAAUAACCCUUUUCCUGUUUUGAUUAACUGUAAGAAAAAAAAUGUACUCAUUUUUGUAAGACCUGGUUUUGUUCUCAGUAGGACAUGUACUCAGUAGUCAGUAUAUUGUCAUCUCCUGGCAUUAAGAGAGUUGCCUCCUGUUUGAAAAAGUGUCUGCCUUUCUCUAUCAUUGAACCCUGUUCUGUUUGGAUUUUACUCCAGAACAAGCAUUAAUCAUUGCGAUCCCAGUAAAGCUAAGGAGAAGAAAGCAAAUGCCCUGCAGACUGUUUUAGUAGCUGUAGAUAUUUCCAAUUUCCCUGUGUCCUCUGGCCUUUCUUUCCCAGAGAACUUUCUUGAAGGUAAAAGCUGUGCAAAAGGCAUGAGACUCAGGCCUAUUCUUUGUUUGUUAAAUGAUGGAAAAGUAUAAAUUAUUUUCUAAGUAAUAAAAAAUAUGAAAAUUAUCAUUGUAAAUAAAGUCUAAAGCUUGAAAUGACUUCUUUAUAAAAGUGGAGUGUUUGUGUGGUGAACAACUCCUGACCCAUGUGCAAAAAAAAAAAAAUCUGGAAUUUCUGUCUGUUUUGCUUUAGGAUACACUCUUGGUGCUUCCACGAAUGAAGCAGGUACCUCCAGUGACCUACCUUAGGGUCUUAGAGGCAUAAAGAGGGGCUUCUUAGCUUUCUCUCUAAUCCUGACUCCCUUUGGAUGGCUCCUUUGAUUUUUGUGCCAUUAGCAACUAAACUGCCUUUACAAUUGGCUAAAGGCUACUGCAACAGAGUUUAAUCUAUGGCCUUUCACAGAUUAAAUCAGUAUUCUACUCUUUAGGUGUGUUGUGAUGUUGGUGAGAGCAAAAUUUUGCAUGUUAAUAGUUCAGCCCCAGAUAACUAAAAGCACAAUAACCUUGUGCUUCAAAACUGAAGUCAUUUUCUUGCGUUAUCUUGCUCACUGAGCAAUGAAAUAUUACAAGAUCCUUGUUCUAGGUCACUCAUUUCUUUCAUGAAUUCGUAAAAAGAAAUUAUGAAUUUUCUGAUAUCAGUGUGUUUAAAAAUCUAAGCAUAUUCAAAGAUGGAGAAAACAAUUCACCAUUUCAAGUAGAAGAGACCUCAGAAUUAAAUUCAUCUUUGAAUGUCUAAUUAAGCUGAAAUCCAUCAGCUUGUGGUCCUGGAUUUAUAUCAUAUUAAUUCAUCCUCCAGUAAAUGCCCCAGUAUUCAUUGAAAAUUAAAUUAGAGGUGGAUUAAGUUAUUAGCACUGACUAAAUUAAACCAUACACUUCAGUCCAGAUGGUUUAAAUUGUGGUUCUGUUGAGUAUUUGUAUGUCUCACAUGAGGGAACCAUAAUUUGAGAAAAAGAACAUACUAGUAUACAUUAUACAAGGUGGAUACCAAUAACCUAUGUUGCUACCAUAUGCUUUGCAUUUGCUAAAAUGAUGUUACUUCCUAUACUACCUAAUACUGAUUUUUACCUUACUUAGUAAUUGGCUUUAUGAUUGUGCUAGUAAAUUAACCCUAACAACUGAUUAGAUGCCGUGACUAACUCUGUGGAUAUUUUAAAUAUGUCUAUAGAUGCAAAAAUGUAGUUGGCGGGACCUAAUCUGCUGCUUCAAAGCAUAAUGCUGAUCCUUGAGAUUUUUGCUGUAGAAAAGACCAUAAGUACAUAGACUAUGAGCUUUUGUACUAAGCUGAAGGCUCUAAACUUAUCUCACAUUUCUUAGCAUCAUGUAUUGGCAUCUUAUGUGUGUGUGCCUUCUCCUCAAACUGGUGUGGAACACAGAAGGAAACUGUUCAACCCAGACUCUUUGGUUUGUGUUAAGAAGUGGCUCUUUAAUCAUGAAAGCUAACAAGAAGUAAGGUUAAGUCUUUGUGUGUUGUUACUGACAGAAGUACUUCAAUUUGAUUUCAUUUCUCGAUCUACCAUUCCUCUUAGAUUUUUGGGAGGUAGGGAUUAAAAUUAAGCCCAAAAAGUACUGCUUCCUGGUAUCAAAAUGCUCAUAAUUUGGCAGUAUUUAAUGUCUUCCUAGUGCUCUUGAGGGAAAAAUGCUUUAUAAGGGAAUCAACAAGUGUACAUUUAAUAAAGUACAUUAAGAACUUAAGGGUGAGCCUCAUGGGGGCUCACAUAGACUGUAACACCAAUCCCAGGGGAUCUGACACCCUCUUCUGACCUCCUUGGACACUGCUUAUGUGUAGUAGACAGACAUGUAUGCAGGCAAAUCACCCAUCUGCAUAAAAUAAAUUUGUACAAAAGAUACCAAAGAAUCUAAGUGCCCAAAUUGCAAUCUAAGUUCCUCUGAGUUACCCCAAUGCACAGGGAGGCAGCAUCCAGUGAUUUAUCAUUAUACAUUUAAAGAUGAUACAUUGUCGAUAGCGAAGUUCCUCUGAGUUACUCCAAUGCACAGGGAGGCAUCAUCCAGUGAUUUAUCAUUAUACAUUUAAAGAUGAAACAUUGUCUAUAGCUAAGUUCCUCUGAGUUACCCUAAUCACGAGGAGGGGUUCUCCAGUUACUUAUCAUCAUACAUUUAAAGUAAUGAUACAUAAUCUCUUACCAUAAUUUUUAUUUUCUAAAUUCUAACAGAUUUAAAAACUCAAAUUCUUCAACACUAAGAAAAUUAAACAUUAUUAAUUUUGGCUUUCACAAAUAAAGGCUUGGUCUUAGGUUAACCAUCCCACUGUGUUCAUCUGUCAUGUUUGACCAAACAGUAAGAUAAACUAUGAAAUUCCUAUAUAGAAAAGUAACAACAACAAUAACAACAAAACUGUAGAGCCUUGAUACUUAAAAUUGCCAGUUUUUAUUGGACAUGGUUAUUUCAACUGAAAGAAACUAUUGCAGGAAAUUCUCACUUCUUAAGAACAGAAAAAAAAUAAAUAAAUAAAAAACAACAAAAAGCAAAGUUUGCCUUAGAAGGAGUAUUUCACUCUCUCUGCUCUCUUGUUUUCUUGAUCUCUUGCUUCUCUCCUGCUCUCCCCUUCCCCAUCCCUCUCCCUCCCCACUCUCUCCACUUGCUCAUGGCCAUGGCCAGACUCUACUUCUCUACUCUCUUUCUCUGCCUCUACUGCCCUCUUAAUUCCCCUCACCAUGCCCUGAAUAAACUCUAUUCUAUACUAUAUAUAUAAAAAAGGAGUAUUUCUCACCAAUUUUCCUUCUCAGAGUCAAUAUUAGCAAAGACAGUAUAGUCAGAAAUGCUUUUCUGUUGGAAGAGAGGGAAGGAAUGUUUUUAAUGCCAGGGUCCAAAUCACCUCAACUCCGCUUCCAAGGAAACCUGUGGUACAAAGAAAGAGAUAAAAGCAGAAGUGAAGACGAAAUAAAACCCUGAUGGAUAAAACCCUGUCCAGCCUUCUUACCAACCAGCUCAGUUGUUUGCUCUGGAGUGAAAUGACCUUGGAGGUCCAUGAUACUGCCUCGACUUAAUUUAACAUAAAAAGCACUUCUUCUCAUUACUGAAUGUAAGUCAUCAAUGCACUGAGCUGGUGCCGCUGAGAAAAAAUUUUCUUUGGUAAUUACAUUCCCUUUAUAUAGCAAAAUAUUCAGAUGCAAAUGUAAAGUCAAUAAUAAUUGUUUUAAAUUUUCUUCUUUGGAUAUAACUUGGUGGUGAAUAGGGGUCCUGUCACUUUUAAUAUUUUCAAUUGGCUAUUUUUCUAACUCAGAAAACCUCAAUUAUAUCAGAUAUUUCAUUUUAGCUAUUUAUACACAUACUCAAGAACUAUACUGUUGUUUCCAUUAAGAAAUAGUCCUAACAUAUCUAUAUAUUAUAUGUUAAAGGGGGGUUCAAAUGACUUUUAAUAUGUAUAUUUAUUCACCAAUCACUAAUUUUAAAUACUUUGUAAAAUAUCUGCAUGAAAUUUUUAACAUACUUUGUUUGCUUGGUUUUUGCCUUUAUGCGUGUCAGUUGACUGCAUAUAUUCUCACAGUAGAAUGUAUACCCUAAUUUUUUUGCACCAGUAACGCUGAUCUGUUAGCCAACAUGCACUGGAAAUAAAUAUGUUUGAAUCUAUGCAUCCCUUGAACUCCUUCCUAGAGAUUUUUAUCAUGCUAACCACGUAAUGAAAAUUGUUGCUUUUACAUAAAAUGUGAGCUCUUGAUAUAAAAUAGGGGGAAAAUAUUCUCUUUGUCAUUCUGUAACGAUGUAAGGAACUUUAAUUUGUCACCAUUGAAUUUGGUUUGCGUUGACAUGGUCAAUUGGAUUUUUUUUUGUCCUUGUAGAAUAUGCAUUCCAGUUGAACAGUUCAUUUGAUCCAUUAUUGCUUCUUUGUUAAAAGAAAAAAAAGUGCAUUGAGUGGUUCUCUUAAAUAGAAAAUUCUAAAUAUUCAACUCUGUGUAGUAUUUAUAACCCAGAAAGGUGUGGGGUAGAUAUAAUUUGGUGUUUCUAAAAUGCCCAUUAUUUUCAAAUAACUGCCAACUGACGUGAUCAAGAUAGAGUGUCAUUUGUAAAUGACAGUUUUUAACAAUGCUUUUCUUACCACACUCAGAUUAAAUAUAUUCAUUAAUAUCUUUGCCAAAUGUAUCCAUUUUUAGAAACACAAAAAUUUGGAUCUUAAAAGAUUAUUUUACAAUUUAAGUCAAUUUGGUCUUGUUACCUGUAUCUGGACUUGAUAUAUGUAGCAAUAUUUAGUAUUAUUCCAACACAAGUAUUUGUUAAGUGACAUAGUUAAUGGAUGAUAAGAGUUUUGUAAAAAUAGGAUUUGUAUAGAAAGAAAAUUACAUAAGUUAUAUUUAUUUUUAUUGUUUUUUAGCUUAGAAAGUAUAUUGAUACUCCAUUUUUGCCAGAAUUACUGGAAGUGCCUCUUGGUUUAUAUAUUUACAUACAUAUUCAGAAUUACUAAAAUUGUGUCAUAGGUGAUAAGUAUGUAUGUUACAAUGUGAAAAUGAUAUGUAAUAUAAAAGUGAUUCUGUGUUA